GUCACAGCACUGGCUGCCGUAAUUGGAGGCACGGGGCUGGGCAGGAUGUGGGACUCGGCGGUGGAGCUCCUACCCCCACGAGUGCCUCCUGCCUGAGCACCGGGAAUCUCUAGGAUAAAACACAGAUCGGGACUGUGGAUUCGUAGCCGCCUCACCGCAGCAGUGACAGAGCACCGGGAUGGGGCUGCAGGGUGAUGGGAGAGACUGUGGCGCCCCUGCCUGCCCCCAGCACUGAACAGCCCCACACACAGAGGCUCUGGGAGGCCACGGAGGCCGAGCGGAUGGCACAUUCUCCACCGUCCCAGGCCGCUCCCCACCGCCUCUCCAGAGUUGCCCCCAUCCUGGGCCCAGGCCCAGCCACCAUGACGGACACACCAGUGGAGGAAUCCCUCUUCCAAAUCAUCCACUGCUACCACCAGUACGCGGCCCGGGACGGGGACAUGGAGACCCUGUCCCUGGAGGAGCUGAAGGCCCUGCUCAUGGACAACGUGCCCCGCUUCAUGGAGUCCUUGGGCCGGAAGGAGCCGUACUACAUCACAGAGUUGUUCCGGGCUGCAGACAAGAACAGGGACAACCAGAUCUGCUUUGAGGAGUUCCUCUACAUCUUGGGCAAGCUGGUGAAGGACUACCACCUGCAGUACCACCGGCGGCUGUGCGCCCACUACUGCACCCACCACGGCCUCUAUUAGAGGGAGCACAGGCAGCCUCCCCCACAGGGGCCUGCCCGGGGAGCAGGCGGCCCUGGCUGCGGGCGGCGGAAGGGACCCCUCUGCUGUGUGCGUCUGUGGGAAGGACAGCUCUAAGGAAGAGAAUAAAGCAUCUUCG